AUGAUCGAAAAGGACUCCAGGGUCUUCUGGGAAGGUGUUGGACCGUUGGCCGCAGUUCAUCCUGAACGUUCCGAUCUACGUCACAUCCGAGCUCAGCAAUUUCGGCGAGUCUGUUGGCGACAGUCGAAGUCCACAGCUUCGAUCAAUGGAGACAACAAUAGAGGACGGGGAACUCCAUGGCUUCGAUUGACGACGACCUCCGUGGCUUUGAUCGACGGCGGUAUUCAUCCCUUUGUGCAGUGGAAUUAUCUACUAUUUGAUCAGGAUAUUGGGGUCGAAAAUCUUCCAAAGCCAAAGAGCUGGGAACUGCUUUUCUUUCUCACUGAGGAUGGUUUAUUUGACAUGAUUUGUGCAUCAUCUUGCACUAAAGCUCUUCCAAGACAAGAAAAAUUCACAGAGAAAGUACAAGCAAGCAGUACAAACAAAGAGUAAGUUUGCCUACUUAUCUUAUUGGAAUACUGAUGAAACUAGGACUGUUGUUGUCAAACUUUUGAGUGUGCCAAUAUUUUUGUUUGGGUUAUCGUUGUCAGGUUGCAAAUUGUUUAUGCAAU